AAUCUACAACUAUCGAGGAAUUUAAAAAAUCUAUUUAUAAUAUAUACAAAACACCUACUCUGGAAAACCCAGCAGUGAUUUUGCGAUCGUUAGUAUCAAAAAGUAGCUUUAAGUUCACCGUAUUUAUUGAAACACCCUCAAAGCUAUUUAACAAGUGGAUAUUUCCAAAGAUGUAUCAACUCUAUGAACUUAGCGAGGAUCCAAAUCAAGACAUUGAUGUGUACUCUGUUUUUUUGUGUGGUUCUGUGGACCUAAAAUGCAAAAAGUUCCAAGAUGUGGUUAAAUAUUUAAUAGCUGAAUUGGAACUUCGACAAAAAACUACUCCACUUAACAUGUCAUAUGAAGCAACGAAAUCUAUCUAUUCUUAUUGUUAUCUUGCUAGCAGAAUAUCAGUCUACGAAAAUAAUUUCAAAAUCGUACCGGAAAAGCUUGUCAUGAGACAUAAUGGGCAGGGAAAUCUCGAUUAUGCGAUAGAGUGUCUUACAACUAAUAGGAUCAUUGGUUUAGUUGAAAUAGAAUCAUCCUUGACAUGCCAAAAGUGCAAAGCAAACGAAAUAAAUGAUGAAUGCGGUUUGGAUAAAGCUAUCGUUCAAGCUAUUAGAACCAGUAACCGUUGUAUAUAUAAGGAUAAAAAUAUGCAAAUGAAAGUAGAAAGAGUUCUAAGUCAUAUUAUAUGGUUGUUGAAGGAGGCACUGAAGCCGGUGGAAGCCUCACCUAAUAGAGAGCAAUCGAGAGUGCUAAAAAAGCAAAAGUCAUCAU